AUGGCAGAUGAUUCAUCUUAUACCCCAGACCUAUCAUUACAAGACGAUGGGACAAUCAACCUCAAUGAUGAUCUUCCAACUGGAUCAGAACAUUCGUCCCAAUUGAAUUUAGGAGGAGAAUACUCCAGCACACCCAAAUCUAGUCUACAACUUCAUAGGGUUCAAGAUCUGGCACAAGGAUAUGGUCACAACCACGCGCAAUCGCUAAUGCUGCAGCUGAUGCUGCGGCGACCAUCAGACUCAUUUGCUUCUUUAUCGAACAGUAGACGAAGUUUAGAUAGUGAGAGUGUGCUUCUGACAGGUACAUUUUAUAAUGCUGAGGACGAAGAACAAAAAAACGAUGAGUACUCGCCGUUGAGACCGAACUCCAUAUAUGAACUCACAAUUGGUUCGGAUGUUGCUCGGCGAAGGCGACGUCGCAUGCCAAAAACCUCUGUUACCUUGCAUGGGGGAACAACAACAAUUAAUAACAUCAACACUCCUACCAAGAAGGAUAUACCACAAAUUCAACUUGAGCGAUUGAAGAGAAAGGUUUCCAACAAAACGAUUGAGCACAAAUUGAUCAACGAUGUUGCGACAGAAUACAAAAAGUACGAACAAAGCUACAAGUCCCUCACAGAAGAGUCGCUCAGGAAACUUGCACAAGUGACUCAAGAUGGACAGCUUUCGGCGUCUUCUUCGAUGGAAAAUUUUGAACAGCUGCAAUUACAACUGCAACAACAACUGCAACAACAACUGCAACAACAAGAAAAAGACGGUGUACCUCUAACUGAUAUACCCGAAGUAUUUUUAGAUCCGGAUCUCAAAUUAGACGAUCCGCGCAUAUUUAAUCAAGUAUUGGAAGACUCAGAUUUGAAACUAGAUGAAGAAGAACUUAUUGUCAAUGAUACAGCAUUGCAAGACAAACUUUCGCAUUACUUGGACUUGGUUGAGGUGAAUCUAGUUCGAGAAAUUGAAAAAUCUUCAGAAACUUUUUUUGAUGCAAUAGGAGAUAUAGAAAGUAUUAGAAAGAAAUCAGAAGCUUGCGUUGAAGAUUACAACAAAUUAGUAACAUCAUUAUCGCUAUUGGAACAAAAGCAAGCCAAGCAAGGUCUUAAAGUGUUGCAAAAGAUGAUUGAAAGACAAAAUGCAGUGACGUUGGAAAACUCUGUACUUCAGCUCCAGCACGUUAUGGAUAUUUUCCAAAAGGCAAAUAAAUCUUUUCAAACUAACAACUACAAUGACUGCCUAAAUGAAAUUGUUGCAGUCGAAAAUCUCAUUAUGGGAGUGCCUUUCUCGCAUGUAACAGAUGAGACUGUGAAGAGGAUCUAUCCCGAUAUGCCUGUGAUUGAUCUUCAAUCGGUGCCGGCGUUGAUUCAUUUGCGCAAUGACCUACAAGUGCUCAAGACUGACUGCUUCAAAACUUAUACCGAAGAAUUUAUUGAAUUACUCUUGAAUGAUUUGAGAACACAUUACAAGAAAGUUCCAACUUCGGAUACUUUGAACAGAAUGUACGUCAAUAGAGACAAACUGCGCAAGUAUGCCUCAAAACCGACUAAUAUGUCAUAUCUCCAAGUUGAUGAUUCAGUUAAGCAGCAGUUAAAGAGCUUCGUAGAGAACCUUAUCAAGUCUGGUGAAGUUACUAAUGCAUAUGCAAUCUAUCAGAAUCGUUUUAUAACUGAAAUCAAAGAAGUAAUCAAACAGAAUUUGCCAACAAGCUCUUCUGCUGUUGGAGCCGAUUCGUCUCAGCCAUCCGUUGAAGGUACUCCCGUUCCAAACUCAAAUUCUGAUGGUAGACAACAGUUGUCAACUUCCGCAAACCCCGCUUCUCAACCUCUGAAUGCAAUGAGCGCAAAUAUAAAAGUAUUGACCCCAAACGAAUUUGAAGAAAUGUUGUGCCAAACUUAUGCACAGCUCUCUGAGUGUUUGCGUAGGUUGACAGUGCAUCAAAAGCUCUUGCUUGAUAUUGCAUUGACAAGCAUACCUCCUAGUGAAGAUAUCAAUAUAAUGGCAUUGGAUAUCACAAAGGCAAUCCACAAGGCCAUUGAGUUAACUCAGAUUAGGAUCAUGAAAGUUAUUAGCGUGAGACUGGAACAAACAGCUGAUUUACCUGCACCGCUUUAUCUAAGACUUUACUCGAUUACAUCAGCAUAUUUGCAAGAAUGCGAGUUAAUAAACCCGGCAUUUAGCUUUAGUGGCGCCGGUAACGUUUUAAGUGAGUGGUUUCAGAAUCACAUUACAUACUUUGUGCACCGUUUGCAUGUUAAUGCGUUUAAAUCGAUGAUGAAUAGUUGUUUGAAAGAGACCUGGAAAGUAUGCGAUAACUUAAAAGGUAUAAACCAAGCACAAUCUGCUCUUGAUGAAGUCAUUGGCUAUUCAGAUUUUUUGCAAUCUGGUGGUGCCAAAGGGUUUUCUGGAGAUGAGUGGUUGAAAUAUUUUGAUUUUUACAAAGAUAUAGACAAUGGUGAGACUGAUGCUGCAACCGAGGAUGUACUUGAAGGAACAAAGCGGAAUAUUUUAUCAAUUGCAAAUCAAGAGUUUAUGGUACCCAAUUUGGCAAUUGUUGUUUCUAACCAUCUUAAAGGUUAUGCAAUUGCCGCUAAGGCAUUUCCAAGCUUUGCACCAACUAUUGGAUCCAAUCUUUUAACCUACUUUAAAGAUCUCAAUUCGAAAACAUCGCAAGCAGUGCUUGGUGCUGGUGCAACAAGAUCCGCUGGUCUAAAACAUAUCACAACCAAACACUUAGCAUUGUGUAUUCGGUUCAUCGAGUUCAAUAUAGCAUUACUUCAGGGCAUAAAAGGUGCAUUUCCCGAUACCAGGCAACAAGAUGACGAAGACAAUCUAUCGUUUGCAAAAAUGAUUAGCAACUAUAAGGAUCAUGAAACAGAGCUUUUUGCCAAAAUUAUCACCAUAAUGCAAGAUAGAACUGUUGCUGGCUGUACAAAAUUAUUGAGCAUUGACUGGUCAGUGUCUAUAAAACACCCGCAGCAAUGCCAUGGAUACAUGGAAGAUCUUGUACGUGAUACAACCACUGUAGCCAAAGUUUUGAUGCGAUACUUACCCGAACUCAAGUAUUCGCUUAUUUUACUGCAAAUCUUUGACAGUUAUAAACGACUUCUUGUGGAAAGUUACUGUACCAAGCUUCCUUCAUUUAAGGACUUUAAUGAGAAACACAAUCUUUUGAGAGAUAUUGAUUAUUUCAGGGUUAAAUUGGGUGAUCUACCCGGCUAUGGGAAUUCGGGACAAGUCAUUUGGGAAAACGUAAACCUGAUGCCAACCGAGGAGGAUAUUCAAAUGGAGGAAAAAAUGAGACACAAUGCUGAUAUAGAGAGAAAACUGCAUGAAGCAACACCCACACCUUUGCCUGGUCCAUCUCAAGCUCCAGCAUCAACGACCAUACCUGCCAAAUCGAGACUUAGUUUUGAGCGGUUGGUGUCUUCUGCUAGAAGCUCUUUUGAGCGCUCUCCAGCGCCUGUAAAUGAAGUGGUUGCAACGGAACCAUCGAUGAAUAAUGGGGAUGAAUUUCACAACAAUGUCAAUGACCCAGACAAUUUAGGUAAUGAAGUGAAAUCUAGUAAUGGUAGCAAUAGUGUGACAAACGGCUCAGUUCAGCCUCAGGAUGAUAACAAGAAGACGGUGGAGACAGUUGUAAACAAUUUGAAAACUGAUGCUCCAGAAGUUGUUGGAGGACCAAAUCCCAAUGAUAAAGAGGUAACUGUGUUGUUUGAGGCAAAAGAAAAGGUUGGACAAGAAAACAGUGGUGAGGUAGACCACACUGAAUCUAAUGCCAUUUCAAAAAACAAAGAGCCUGAUAAUAACGGAGUUAAUUCGUCGACGGAGUCUCUCAAAUCACUUUCCCUUGAGAAGCUGCUGAGUCCAGUAACUACUUCUGCGGAAGUUGAAGAGCUGGUAGAGGUGGAAAAAGACGAUGUUGAGCCCACUGGAUUGCAUAUUGACGAGAAAACGUCUAAUCUUGGUAUUGAUAUUUGCCAAAAUGAUUUAAAGCAAAAAGAGAGUUUAGAUAAAGAACCUACUAAACAAACUGAAUUUAAAGAUCCUGAUAUAGAAGUAUCUGAUGGCAACAAUAUUAAAGAUUCUGAACCUAUUGAAAAUGAAUCAACCGAUGACAAGCCAGUAGAAGAUGAGACAGUUGGCAAAGAAUCUAUUGCAGAUAAAGUCAACGGAGUGGAUUUUGCCAAAGUUGAUUCUACUGAAAUUGAAGAUGCCGGAGCAGAUAACGAGAUAACGUAUAAUGAAUCUUUGGGCACAUUAGAUAAUACUGAAAUCAAGCAAAGCAAUGUUGAUGAAACAAGUGGGAACGAGCUAAAAGCAGAUACAGGUGAUGUUGGUGUAGUGAAUUCCGAACAGGUUGCAGGCUUACCUUCAACCACUGAACUGGUUGUUGAAAGUGACGUUGAGGCCAAAAAUGAGUCAUCAGGUGCCACACAUUCGAUUGAUAAUGAAACACUAGUGCAAAACGACAUUUCUAGUGCAAAAUCAGAGGCUGAAGUGGAACAACAAGAGCAACAAGAGCAGCAGCAGCAGCAGCAGCAGCAGCAAAUGUCUACUAAGGGAUUAGGGCAUACGGCGAACAAUAAAUCCAAAGCUAAAAAUAAGAAGAAAAACCUGAGAAAGAAAAAGAAAUAG